AUGACAUACCCAUUGCGAGGCAUUUCAGCGUACGGUCGCAAAACACCGUAUGUACUUCAGCCAUUCUACAUUGGAAGACGGUAUGUGUCGACCUCGCCGUCCUCAUCAAUAGCAUCGACGUCCAAAAUAACCCAAUCCGAUGCGGGCUACUCUUCCACAACAACAUCUGCCUCGACGACAACCGCCCCUACUCGCCAACGACAAGUCAUCUUCUCAGGAAUUCAGCCCACAGGAAUUCCUCAUCUUGGUAACUACCUCGGCGCGCUUCGCAAUUGGGUUGAUCUUCAAAAUGCCUCUCUCGACACCUCGGACGAGCUCUAUUUCAGCAUCGUUGGCUACCACGCUAUCACCAUGCCUCAGCAGGCCGCACGUUUACGAUCUGAUCGAUCGGAAAUGAUGGCCACGCUCCUCGCAAUCGGACUUGAUCCACAGCGUUGUACUAUUUUCCACCAAGAUCAAGUUCCCGAGCAUACGGAACUCGCAUGGAUCCUCAACUGCAUUACCGCAAUGGGAAAGCUCAAUCGUAUGACCACGUGGAAGUCUAAGCUAGCUACUGCAAAGAAUGUUUCUGAUACUGCAGAUAUGGACGACAAAGAGCUCAGUCUAGGGCUGUUUGCUUACCCGGUGCUGCAGGCGGCUGACAUUUUGCUGUACAAGGCAACACACGUACCCGUCGGAGAAGAUCAGAUUCAGCAUCUCGAACUAAGUAGAGAUCUGGCAGAUGUAUACAACCGUAGGUUUAGCAAAAAAUUCUUCCCCCUACCGCAACACAUCAUCACGCCAACAAAGAGAGUCUUGUCGUUGCGCGAUCCGACGAGUAAGAUGUCGAAAAGCGCACCCGAUGUCAACUCGAGGAUUCUGGUGACCGACACACCACAACAAGUCGCGAAUAAGAUCAAGAAGGCGGUGACAGACGCCGAGAGAUCGUUGGCUUAUGACCCUAAGCGAAGACCAGGUGUAAGCAAUCUGCUUUCCAUUUUGGCGGCUCUCAAGCCACUGGCGGCACAGGGAGACCGAGAAGGUACGCAGAAUGCACAGGAAUGGGCGGACCAGCUGAACACAGAAAUCCAGGCUACCGGGGCAUCGUCCGGUCAGCAUCUCAAGGCCACAUUGACAGAUGCUGUGGUCGAAACAUUACGGCCCAUACAGGCAGAGCUGGAAAAGCUGAGGAAUGACCCUGCGUACUUGCAUCAGAUGGAACAGCUGGGUCAAAUGAAGGCUCAGACUGUGGCCAAGAGGACUAUGGCGCAAGUUCGAAAAAGCAUUGGUCUUGACUAG